AACUUAUCGAGUUGUAUUCAAUGUUCAUCCUCCUCAGAGUAGAUCCAUUAAAAUUAAUGAACCUCAGUUACUCCGGCCUAUUAACUUCAGUGGGUCUACUUUUGAGUAAGACAAACAUUGAAUACCACCCCUUAACAGUAACAGCUAUUUGAUAAUGGAACCAAUUACUCAGAGGGAGGGAUGAUGGACACUCUCUCUUCAGAGAUCUUCAGUAAGAGGCUGGACAGCCAUCUGUUAUUACUACUACUACGGCUAACAUUUAUUACCCACCCUUCACCCAAAGGUCUCAGAGUGGGUUACAACAAUUUUAAAAUACAGCAUUAAAAACAAUUAAAACAAUGUAGAAUCACAGGGUGGGUCCUUUAAAAUAUAUGUCUUGGGUGUCAAAGGCCAUGGUAAAGAGAUGCGUCUUCAGCCUUUGCCAAAAACUCCAGGAUGCUUUAGCUCUGGAUUUCCUGCAUUGAGCAGGAGUGGCGUGUGUGUGUUAGACUAUGUGGCCUACAAGGCCCUCUCUAACUCUGUGGUUCUCUGAGGCUUUUUGCAUUGGCCUAGAUCCCAAACAGUCCACUUCCUUAUGUACCUGCUAUUUAUUUUAUGCCAUUUAUCCUUUCCUUUUCAAUACAAUCAGCAAGGAAUGCUCUUUCAAGAGUUGCACCCCACACAUCCCAUUCACCUCAGCUACUCAAACCAUAGGUGGUACAUAGACAUCAACAGCUGAGGUGUAUAAGGGGAGAAUUUUGGCUGGGCCUCCAUUGCUGACUGCCCUGGGGAUGAAAGAGCCAUUGUCUGCAUCUCAGAAAGAGUUUUAAGGGGCAGAACAAGGGAAGGAUUCUACCAAAGUCACCAGGAAGGAAUGGAUUGAAGAACCCCUUGUAUUUUGAGUUCAAGAGGGAUAAAUUCAGUGAGUAGAAUAAAUGUUGCUGGCAGUUCAGUUCAGAAAUACAGCUCCAGUUUUUAAAAUGCUUGUUUAUCUUAUUUAUGUCCAACUUUCCUCCCAAGGACUUUCCUCCAAGGUGCCAUACAUGGCUCUCCCCCUCUCCAUGUUUCCCUCACAACAAUCCUGUGAGUAUGUGACCUAUCCGAGGCUGCCACCGUCUCUUCCAGCCUUCAGUCAUGGACACUGACGCCGUGCCCCCACAAGAAGCCUCAUUGACAGUUAAUGAGCAGGUGAUUGUGAUGUCGGGUCAUGAGACCAUUAGGGUGCUAGAGGUGGGGGUGGAUGCUCCACUCCCUGUGGAGAACAAAGGGAAAACUCAGAAAGCAACAACAGUGGCUGGAGAGGCUCCUGUGAGCUGCGCUCCAGAGUCCAGUGAAACAAGAAGGGAAGAGCUAGAGCAAAACCCAGAGAAAGCGUCUGGAGAGUCAGGUGGUGAAGUAAAGGCAUUACCUGAAAUAACCCCUGUGCCUGCCCCAGGAGUCAUCCCCUUCAGCCAAGUGACAAGCCAGCAAACACAAACUCUAACUCCCGUCACAGUGCAAGCUGCACCACAGGUCUUGACUCAGGAAAACUUAGCAACAGUUGUGACAGGCGUAAUGGUUCCAGCAGGGGCAGUUACUCAACCUCUUCUUAUCCCCAUCAGUAUUGCAGGUCAAGUGGCAAGUCAGCAGGGGCUGGCUGUGUGGACAUUUCCUGCAGCAACGGUCGCUGCCCUCCCAGGACUGACGGCUGCCUCUCCUACUGGGGGAAUUUUCAAAUCACCAAUAGCCAAUUUGCAAGCUGCUGCGGUGCUGAACACAGCAAUACAAGCCCCUUUGCAGCCAGCCCAGCCUAUCCAGGCACAGCAAACGGUCCAGCCACGGCCACCAGUCCAAACACAGACUGUGUUCCAGCCUCAAACACAGCCAGCCAUUUUGCCGCAGCCUGCCACAGCAUCCACACCACCUGUCGCCAAGCCCUUGGAAACUCAAACCCAGAUAACAGUUCAGCCAGCAGGAUUUGCCUUUAACCCUGGAAUAAUCAGUGCAGCUUCUCUUGGAGCACAAACCCAGCUCCUCAGCUCCUUGGCUGCAACACCAGUGAUCGCAAACACCAUUCCCAGUGUACAAGGGAUAACCGGGCAGAUCCUGACCAAUGCCCAGGGACAAGUCAUUGGGACUCUUCCAUGGGUGGUGAACCCAGCUGGAAUUGCCACAGCAAAUGCCACCCCUGCCACAUUGCCGGCACAGAAUCUUCAGCUGCAGGCAGUGACGCCGCAGCUGCUUUUGAAUGCUCAAGGCCAGGUUAUAGCCACCUUGGCUAGCAGCACCAUCCAGACAGCAGCAGCUGUUAGAAAGCCCAGCACACCAGAAUCUCCAGCAAAGAGUGAGGUCCAGCCAAUUCAACCUGCCCCAACUCUAUCACAGCCAGCUGUAGUCAUUGCAAGCCCUCCCCCUGCAGCCAAACUAGCUUCUGCUCCUGUCCCUAUCACCUGCUCGGAGACCCCGACUGUCAGCCAGCUGGUUUCCAAGCCUCAGCCUCCAAACAGUGGAAACGAUGAAGAUGGAAUUAAUCUGGAGGAGAUUAGAGAGUUUGCCAAGAACUUUAAGAUUCGACGCCUGUCUCUGGGUCUAACACAGACACAGGUGGGGCAAGCAUUGACUGCUACUGAAGGACCCGCAUACAGCCAGUCUGCUAUAUGCAGGUUUGAAAAAUUGGACAUCACUCCCAAAAGCGCCCAGAAGCUAAAGCCUGUGCUGGAGAAGUGGUUGAGUGAGGCUGAGCUGCGGAACCAGGAGGGCCAGCAGAACCUGAUGGAGUUUGUGGGUGGUGAGCCCUCCAAGAAGCGCAAGCGACGCACGUCUUUCACACCACAGGCCAUUGAAGCCCUCAAUGCCUACUUUGAGAAGAACGCCCUGCCCACGGGUCAGGAGAUCACAGAGAUCGCCAAGGAGCUCAAUUAUGAUCGUGAGGUGGUCCGGGUCUGGUUCUGCAACCGGCGACAGACACUCAAAAACACCAGCAAACUCAAUGUCUUUCAGAUCCCUUGAAGGCCAGGGCUAGCCUCAUGCCUCUCGCUGCUGUGAGCACUUUGUGGUGAAUAUUUCCCUGCACCUGCUGACCCUUUUAACAGUGACAACCGGAGUGGAAGGAGUGAGAUAUGGGAUUUCCUCUUGUUUUGAUGUGUCCCAGCCUUUGUUUCCUCACAUGACCCAGUCGUGUACAUGUCAGCCGUGUCCUUCCUUCCUUCCUUCCUGAGUAUUGUGCUGGAGCUGUGAAGGGUUUUAGGAAUACAUACACUUUUAGCUUCUUCCUGUGUCAGGCAAAACAUUGUCAGGGUUUUAUUUUGUUUUUUGAAGGACUUCCUGUGGUGUUUUUUUUAAGGUAGCAUUAGCACCAAUGCCAGAAUAGUGUCCACAAGAAAUUCCUGUUUCAUUUCAAGAAGAAUUGUAUGAGACCCUAUUUCAUUCCAACCUCUUUUCAUGGACACUUUUAUCUCUACAUACCUGGUAACAGGCCCAGUUUAAAAUAUCUAAUCAGAGUAGUGGCAUAACUUAUAUCUCCUUUUUCUUGUGAUUUAUUAUUAUUAUUAUUAUUAUUAUUAUUAUUAUUAUUAUUAUUAUUAUUAUUAUUAAG